GCUACGUCUCAGAGGUUUAGCAGCACAAGCAGCAAGAAGAGGAAACACGAAGCAGAGCUCAGGGGAAACUGUUCCCCACCGUCCUGUGAUGAAGAAGUGAAGCUGCUGAACACUCUGACGAUGAUCCGGACACUCAGCGCCGCGUCCUUCAAGGCAGCGAAGCCCGAACUGCUGAAGGACGUUACGGGCAGGCGGCUGCACAGCACAUACGAUGUGGCCGUGGUGGGAGGUGGGAUCGUGGGCCUGGCCACGGCCAGAGAGCUCGUCCUGCGACACCCGUCGCUUAGCUUCGUCCUGCUGGAGAAAGAAAAAGAGCUCGCUGUGCACCAGAGUGGGCACAACAGUGGAGUCAUUCACAGCGGGAUCUACUACACGCCGGGGUCGCUGAAGGCCCGUCUGUGUGUGCGAGGAGCCACUUUAGCCUACGAGUACUGCGAGAAGAAAGGACUCCCUUACAAGAAAUGUGGAAAGCUCAUCGUGGCGGUGGAGCAGGAAGAGAUACCCAGACUGAAAGCUCUGUACGAGCGCGGCAUGCAGAACAACGUGCGCGACCUCAGCAUCGUCGACGCCAAAGGGAUCCGAGAGCGAGAGCCGUACUGCAGGGGUAUAAUGGCCUUGGAUUCGCCUUACACCGGCAUCGUGGACUGGAGGAUGGUGGCUCUCAGGUACGGCAAAGACUUUGAGGAGGCGGGCGGCACGGUGGUGACUGAGUCGGAGGUCAAUGACAUUUCCAUGGUAAAGGAGAGUCCAGCCGGGAGCACAGAGGGGAUGGAACAUCCGAUCGCAGUCAGAGACAAAAAGGGCAACGAGGUGCGGUGCCGUUAUGUCCUGACCUGUGGAGGCCUGUACUCAGACCGCCUGUCCCAGAUUUCUGGAUGCAGUUCUGAGCCACGAAUCGUCCCCUUCAGAGGAGAUUAUUUGGUCCUGAAGCCAGAGAAACAUUAUCUGGUCAAGGGAAAUAUCUACCCUGUCCCUGACCCGCGGUUCCCCUUCCUCGGCGUUCACUUCACCCCGCGGAUGGAUGGAAGUGUUUGGCUCGGCCCCAACGCAGUCCUCGCCUUCAAAAGAGAAGGUUACAAGGUGUACGACUUCAAUCCUCGUGAUUUUGCAGAUGCACUGUCAUUCAGAGGCCUUCAGAGGCUGGUGCUGAAGAACAUAACGUACGGAAUUGGAGAAAUGUAUCGAGGGGUUUUCAUAGGUGCACAGGUUAAAAUCCUGCAGAAGUACAUCCCUGAACUCUCACUGAGCGACGUUCUCAGGGGUCCUGCAGGAGUUCGAGCUCAGGCUCUCGACCGAGACGGAAACCUUGUGGAUGACUUUGUGUUCGACGGCGGGGUCGGGGAUGUUGGCAGUCGUGUGCUCCAUGUGCGUAACGCUCCCUCGCCGGCAGCCACCUCGUCCCUCGCCAUCGCUGAGAUGAUCGCAGACGAGGUGGAGAGUCGCUUCAAGCUGUAGAACGGAAAAAGGAAAAAAACAAUCCGGCCAAGCUACAACGCUGUAUCAGACUGUCACUACCUCAGCAUCACUGUCAUCGUGGAGACUUUUUUAUUGUAGGUCAAGCCUUAAUCUGAGUGGAGUUAAUUACAUUUUUAAGACUCUUUUUACAUGAGUAGUGCCGUUUAAUGUUGGGUAAUAUGUUUACUCCACCACAUUUCAGGUGGAAAUGUAACAAAGUGCUUUAGUGGGAGUGUAAAGGUGAGAAAAAACGGUGCAGCUUCAGUCACAUCGUCAGUUUGAAGCAUUAAAAUGUCAGCACAAAUGUUAAAAUACUGUUUUAUUACAUGAACUUUUGGGUUUUCUUUGACUUUUGGAUGAGUUGUUUCGUCUUCAGCUGCUGUCUUGACUACAUGAGAGCAGUCUGUGUUUGUUUUGAAUAUUGUAACAUCUGAUGAUUUCAGUCCAAAAUGCUACUUAAAUAUUUUUGUGAAGAAAUACCAAAAAUCAAUUUGAUAAAAACAAACAAACAAAAAAACAGACGAUGUCCUCAAAAAUAAAAUAUUUCAUAUUUAAAUGUAAAAAGAUGAUCCCUUAGUUUUACAAGAACGGGUAUGUUAGAUGACAUUAAAAUAAAAAGCGGUAUAUCUUAAUAUAUUUUGAUAUAAAAUGCACAAUUAUUGCUUCAAAACGCACAAUUUAUGAAGAAAGAUCGUUUUGACAUUAAAAACACUGAAAUCAUAUCAAGACUAAAUACUCUAGCUGUAUGUCACAUUUACACUGAUUUAAAUUGAGAAAAGUUUUUGUUGUGUAUGUGUGUGUGUAGAAUUUGCUCUGUUGUUAUACACAGACCGGCCACUUUAUUAGGUACACUUGUGAUCCAGCACAACAACUCUGCUAGAAAUUCAACUUUUAUGACAACGAUAAUGUGUCAGGCAGGUAUUAAUGUAACUAUUUAAUUAUGUUAUUAUUGAUGUUUAUUUACCUUUUUGGAUGUUUUUGUGUAUUUAUAUUUACAGGGAUAUAACAAUAUGUUCUGCCUUCCCAUAAACUUUAAUUCUCUUCUUAUUCUUUAAUUCUGUUGUUGCGCAGGAGUGCAUUAUAUCAAAAGGUGUUUCUAAUAUUCUUGCCCUCUCAUGUAUGUAAAUAGGGUGGCCAGAAUAUUAGAAACACCUCUUAUUGAUGACUUUAUAGAUCCCCGACGUGAUAUAUAUACAAAAAAAGCACAAGGUAGAUGAAAUUAUUAAAGUGUAUAAUCACAGUAUAAAUACAAUUUAAAAAGUUUAUGGGGAAGAAGACCAUAUUGUCCUGUCAAUGUAAAAAAACAAAACACAAACUCUUUACUGCAAACUACAGCCUCAAUGGUGAACAUAAUAGUUAGAUUAAUACCUCUCUGACAGUGUCAACAAAAACUGGAACAUUAUCAGCUUUGUAAAAGUACAUGUUAGAUUGUAUAAGUGUAAAGGCUUCAUAAUGUUUCUAUAAAAUCAGUAACCUUU